CCGUGAUACAUAUUGUGGUAAUAGAAAAUGAUGGCAAAGUCAGAGCAAAAAAAUCCUCUCCCAACAUCAUACUCAUAGUUUGAUCACUACAAGAAGCUGUUCUUCGAAGACCUAAGGUGGGCAUAUUUUCCGUUGUUGAAAUUACACUGGGGAACUACUAGCACUAGGUGGGGUGAUAUUAUCUUUAUCAAAUAUCAUGUAGCUUACGACUCCUUUCUUGCUCGCCCUUGAGAAUAUGAAAAUGAUGCAUGUGCCAUGUUCGGCUGCUUGACAAACAAUCCGUGUAGCAUGAUACACUGUGUGAUGUUAAGUGGUUGUGAAUCAAAAUCAUCAUGAAGAAGGACGAAUGGAUAGCCACAACAGCAGGCAGUUGUGCCUAUGCGAUGAUGAUGUUGAUGAUGAUAUCGCCCGCUCCCGUUGUGUAGCUGUAACCGCCUCAGCAGUGUCAACGAAGUCGCUCGCAAUAGCUGGCCGCAUAGAACAAGUAAAAAAAAUGCGUCACGCUUAGAAACUACAACUAGGUAGAAGAGUGUGAACGACCAAUAUGAUCAUAGAUGUUCGCCGCGAUGAGCACAUCAGCAGUACCAGAGCAUCUUCAACCUGCUCCUUCCAGCUUUUUUGGUUGUUACCUGCUGAACUCGGAGUCGCAGCCUCGAAGAAGCUAUGUCGGUUUUACUGUGGACCCUAGGAAACGGAUUCGACAGCAUAACGGCGAAAUCCUUGGAGGGGCACGAAGAACACAGCGUGGCGAUGGACGCCCGUGGCGUAUGGUUCUCGUUUUAAGGCACGGAUAUUAUCAUUCUACUUACUUAACUCAUCUAGAUUUGAUCGUGAUGCAGCAGCCUUACCUUCUUCGUGUCAUGGUCUCCUUCUUAUCGUCCCUUUUGUUCUCCUUUUCAGGUAUGGCACAGCUUCAAGUUCACCUAGUUCGCGGUGGUAUUCAGACACCUCCGUGGGCGCAUUUGAAAAUUAGAGAUGAGAAAUUUUUAGAAAAGGCCGCGCUCUGCCUCCUUAUUCGUCUAUCAACUCCUGUACUAGUUCCCCACAGGUAGAAGCACUACCAAAUGCUAGAAGUAUCUAUGUAUAGUGAUGAUGAUGAAGACACGACACCAUUAAUUUCCGUCUGGGGUUUUCCGAAUAAAGUGGCAGCCUUACAAUUCGAAUGGGCAUGGCAAAACCCGCAUCUUAGUCGGAGCGCAAAAGAGGCCAUCGAAGGUAGUAAGCUGUCCUGGGACGCACACGUAGUGGAUACGAAACUAUAUCCACCAACCUUGUUGAAAAGACUGAAUUUAGGAUUAGAAGAAAUUCGCGUUCAUCUACAAGCUUAAGUACAAGAAUAGAACUUGAACGUUUAUUUGACAAGUGGAAAUAGACGUUCUAUGCUGUAAGUACAAGGACAUGAGAAAACGCCGUCGACCUAGACUUCCAAGAAUUCGAGCCAAGAAUUCGAGAUAAUUUUAAUUAUCCUCGUUUUCAAUAUCAAUGUAGUUGACUGAUGAUCAUGAUUCAACCGAUGUGCUACUUCUGCUCUAAGAAACCCUGCUAGAACAACGCGGCGACGACCUUUUUUAUCGAAUGAAGAGCAUAUUGAGGUCAUGCGCCUCUUGCUGCGUGCGGAGCCGUAUCGACGCAUGGCUCUCAAUGUGCACUUUCUUUUAAGGCGUAGGAAAUAGUCAAGGCGUAGGAAACGUAAAGGAGUAGGUUUCAGUUUGCGAAAAGUCAUUAGGAGGUAGAGUAGGAAUAUUUAAAUCCCUAUGCAAACGCCACGACUACAUCAUGAACUUUCUCGAUGAGUGAAUGUAAAGGCACCGCACCGUUCAAAUACUCACGCUCAUGCGCAGUCUAGGGUACCAUCGCAGCUUUUCCGUCUUCAGGAGUUGAUUGGAAGACUACAACCCCAGCACUCCGCCCCUACUACAAGUGCAUCUGGUGCGUCUUCUGAACAUCAUGCACCUGGAGUAGGAGCACUUGGUUCUACCUCCUCGUCCAGAGACCUGACGUCAGGGCCAACAAGAACUUCCUUGGCCCUUCCGAAUCACAACGUGACGGCAGAAGUGGCUAUCGCUCCACACGGUUUGCGUGGUAAAUUGACUCUGCAACAAUUUAUUGCUAUUGGCUCUGAAGACAAUAACAAGUCAGCUGUUGUUGAUAGAGAUCGAGUACCUCUUCCACAGCACAUGCGCCUUACAAAGGGGUCGAUGGAAGAUUUGGAGCAGGAAGUACAUAACAAAAUUUAAGGCUGCUUACUUUUUUUGACGUGCUGUUUACAUAUUAGUCAUAGAAGCAUGUAUGAUAAAUAUAUGAUAGAUGGUGUGUCAAGAAAUUGACCUCUUUUAAGGUGUAUCCUGGUGCCCCCCGACCUCUAGCUUCUAAGAUAUCAAUGGUCCUCGAAAUGGUGAACCAGGAGCUUCUUCAGCGUGCGCUUUCUGUGGAGAUAAUGUUGCGCAGGCAGUAGGACUUUUAAGAAUCUUCUUGCGGACUACGUGCUUGUUCUCAAUUAUCUUCUUCUUGUGGCACCAUCCUCAUGUCUUCUACUUCUGAGGAUCUCUACGUUCUCUGCUAUAACUACUCUAAAAAUCGUUCAAGAAGUCCAGGAGCAGGAGGAGUCCUCGGCCUCUCGUCCUGCUGGGGUCUUUGACUCCACCAUUCCUGCAUGGAAAGGACGGCCAAUAAGCUGUUUGAACUGUGGAGCAGUGUUUCACUUGCGCUGUCUCGCUGAGCACUUUUUACAGAACGGUACUACCUCUGGCGAAGAGCAGCUCGUACCAAGCAGGCCUGCUUCAUUUAAGAGUCUUCGUUUCUUCAAGUAGUACGCACUUGAGAUACAUGUAGUAGACUGAGACUUCUGACUGCCUGUUGCACUAAGAGGAGUCUCCAAUACAAGAAGGAUCCUUGUUCUACUUAGCACGAUUCAUUCCGUUUCAUUUUGAGGCUUGCUCUCUCCUUACUAAUCAACUAGGUAUUUUUUCCUGGCUUACCAGGAGUUAGCACAAAAAAUACAUGCUUACCAGGAGUUCGUACAACCUCUAAUAUGCUUGUUCUGUUGACGUCUCUCUAACAUGCGCACUCGCUGUGGUCAUUCCUUUAUGUGGACUGAGCUUCUGCGGACGUGUCCUCGAGAAGAGGAAGAGUCUGAAGGGGAAGAAGAUCUUGAGAAUUAUGAGGUCCUGGACGUGGACGACUUGGAAGAUGAUGGAGCAUAGAAAUCCACGCUCGACUUCUUGGCAUAGAAUCCUUACGGAAGUGGACGACUUGGAAGAUGGAAAAAUUCCAUUAUUUUUAUUCGCUCUAAAAGUACUUAAAAAGGUAUGUUGGAUAAAGUGGAGGACGGCUUGGAAGAUGGAGUUGGUGAAAAUGACUGAGGACGGCGAAUGCAGGAGAUCAUUACUUGAGAGCUCAUUAUCUCAUCUGCGGAUGGCGGUGCUGGAGGUCGAGGUGAAAGGUGAUGAGUCAGUGAUAAUGAACAAAAACAUCGAUGUUCCCACUGCUUUUAAUCUGGUGUUUCAUUCCUAC